GCUUUCUCGCGUCGACAUUACGCCAACCUCGCCAGUGAAUGUUCCUGACGUGGGUAUCCAAGUGCGAGCUGCUUCAGGCGCCGCCCGAGGCACAUAUCCUCAAGGGGUUCAAUGAAGGGUGCCAACGAGGUAUCUGCUCCAUGGUGGUGGGUUUCCUCAGCAAUACGUCGGAGCAGCAAUCGUCCACGGAAGUGGCGGCAUCGCCACUACCGCCGUCCAUGUCAGUAGUCCUCGCCACCCCCGCACACGUUCGAUGGGCCAUGGAGCCGCUCGGUCAUAGCUUUGCCUUGGGCAUGGAGGACAGCGGUGUCAUUCUCGGUGCUAUCGGCGUCUACGAAAAGUGGCUCGGGCUCGGGAGUGCCAGCGCAGACGGGCGUCCCAAGUGUAUGCACGCGCAGGAGCAAGAGUUCAUUCGGGAUCUUCUUGGCCACAUGUCUCUUCUCUUUGAGGACAAGGAAGGUCAUCGGUCCAAGCCAGACCUCAUCGCCACCCACGCCACACUUUGUCAAACGGUCCUAGACUUGUACUCUGCCCUUGGACGCAAGCGGGGCACGCAGCUGACCGCCGCGACAUGGGACCACUUGCUCCGUCUCCUCCUCGGGAUCACCGACUGCGUGCUCCACGGCUCGAAGCACACGCUGGCGUUGUCGCUGUGCGCGCACCUGUUCCGCGUGACGCUGGAACAGUUCAUCCUGUCAUUGCAUGUCACGGGGGUGAAGGGCGAGCUGUGGAAUAUGCUGCUCAAGUUUUGCCGGCGCUGGCUGCACCGCAAAGCUGUGAUCGAGCAGUGGCACAAAGCGUCGCUCGCCCUUACGCAGCACCUCAUGGGCCGCCUCCACGCGCCUCCUCCAUCUUCGUCCGAGCAUGCUGCUCCUCCUCCUUCCGUGUCCAUCAAGUGGAUGGACAACGCGCACGUGACUUGCUUCGAACUCGCCAGUCCGCUCUUGGCCUACGCGUGGUACCGCGUCAUGCGCGUGAUUGGCCACCCGAGCUUAUUUGUCGACCCGGACGUGUACUUGGCAGCGAUCACGGGCGUGCACGACCUAGCCCAAGUGUUCAGCUUGGCCAAGCCCGCGUCGACGCCGGCGCCGCCAAAGCCCCCCCAGCUUCCCGACGUCAACACGAUCCUGCGCAUCCUGGGGCCGUGGCUGUUUGAUGCGUCGUUGAACCGCACGGCCGCACCCCGGUUCGCACUCUGCCGAGCCGAAGCCAUUCGGUGCCUUGGAGGGCUGCUCUGCCGCCACGGCAUCGGCCGGACCAAGCAAGUGUCGUGGCCGUUCACGAUUCGAGCGCUCAUGGCCAUCCAAAAAGCGCUGCUCGACACGGACGAAGUGGUGGUGGUGGCGGCGGCGGUCGUGAGCUGCUCCCGCAUCUUUGGAACCCACGGCACGCACACGUUGCGAGGCGUGGGUGUGUUGGCCGGCAGCUUUCAUUAUGCGAUCGACCACAUUUUGAGCUUGACCGUGACCAAGACAGCGGUAGCUCCCUCACGCAAGGACAGUUUGGUCGACAAGCGGUCGUCCAUGGCGUCAGACUUGGACUCGUCGGCGGCGGUACCCGCGGCGGUGGGCGGCGUCGCGGUCACGGUGCUGCGCCGCGCAUGUAUCGAAGCGUGCAGUUCGCUCCUGACCAUCCAUUCCCACUACCCUCUGGCAAUCACGAAACAAGUCGAAAAGACACUUGUGGCCAACGAACGACUGGACGAGAGCCUCCUGCCUGGCAUUUACUCGUCGCUGCCGCGCUACCAAAGCUCAAACGUCGUAACAUUACUCAUCAACUACUUGAAAACAGAGCAAGACCCGACCAACCAGCAAAUGGCCAUGUGGCAACUCACAAUCGCCGUCCAAAAGGAAGCCCUCUUUUGGGCCGUGGGGCUCGCGUCCACGCGCAACUCCCAAGUACCCGCGACCAUCAGCACCAUUUGCUCGUUCGUGACCAAAGUGCCGAGUCGAUGGAAACCGGCGGUGAUCUUCACAGCGCUCGAAUGUCUCCGGUACUUGACCAUCGUGAGCGAGCACCUGUUCAAGCACGUGUUUUCGUCGUGCGUGUUCUUGAUAAGCUGCGUGUGUGAGUUUAUGGCGGCAAACGCCCAAGUGCUGCGAGCCACGCGGUCGCCGCCGCCGUAUUUGGACCAGCUCAUUGCGUCUGCCACGUCAUGUCUGUUGGAAUGGGUGGUCACAACGCCGCAGCUUCUGUCCAAGGCCCAGGUGAUGGUCAAAGUCAUCGCGACCACCGUUGACGCCGCCGACGUCCACGUCGACUUCCCCGCCACGACGCCCCACGCGGACCAUGCCACCCGCCAGAGCGCCCAGCAUCUGCUCGAGUACCUCGUCAAGCAUCACGCCCACGGCAACGUCGACGGCGCCAAGCAGACGUACGACCCCGCGGCCGUGCAUUACACGUGGAAUUUGCACACGGUGCUGUCCAUUCUCGAGACGACCGACUACGUCCAGCUCACGCUGCGUGACUCGUCCGGGUGUUACCAGUGGCGCACCCAGCCGCAGUACGUGCCGUCGAAACUUGCGACGUUGGCGUCCGCCCCCCCGUCGCCGCCGCCCGCUCAGUCGCAUCCGUCUCAGCACGCCCCGACUCCGACAUCAACCCCCGUCAGCCCCUUGGAGGCAAACCCGGACCCCCUCCUGCGCUCCCUUCGAAAGAACGCGGCGUCGCUCACGAGCUGGUCGACCGAGGGGUGGGAGGGCAACAGCGGCGGUAAGCACGCGACGGACGCGUCUGCCAAACGCCACGAAGCCCAAGUGACGCUCUUUCAGUCGCUUCUGCAGUCCCAGUCCAACGACUUUGUGCAGCACCGCCGUAUCGCCACGGUCAACUUGCUCGAGCCCCCCCCUCCGGCCCAUUCCACGACCCACAUUGCCCGCCGCCUGCUGUCGCAACUGGGGUUCUUGUCGGUGGCGAGCUGGGGCUCGUUGCUUCCGCUGCUUCCGUCGUCGGGUCAGCUGGUCAAGGACCUGCAAGCGCUCGAUCGUCUGCCCACACGAGAAACCUACGAAAUUGGCAUUGCGUACGUGGUCAACCAGCCGUCCCGCGCUGGCUACGACGUGGUGAACCUCGUGACCACUUCGACAUGCUCGGACGCAUACCUCGGGUUCUUGGCGACCAUGGGGAGCGCUGUGGACGCGCACUCGUACGGCGGGUUCCUCGGCUACCUCGACCGGAACCUUCCCGAUUCCCGGGCGUUGGUGUACGCCCAGCACAACUACGAGGUGGCGUACUACGUGCCGACGCUUGGCCACGCGUCCGUGCUGGACAAGGCCGAAGUGCUGAUUGUCUGGAACGAGUGCCAGCAAAACUACCGCCCAGGCACGGCACUGUGGGCGUCUGCGUACAACCUCCCGCCCCCCAAGGCGUGCGUGACCAUCGUCAUUGACCCCCUGGACGACGGGCUCUUUUGCGUCCGGAUCUGUGUCGACGGGUCGGCGUUCGACCUGUCCAAUGGAGGUGUGUUUCAUGGCAUGUCCCUACUAUCAUGACCGAUAUAUUGGUUGCUCGUCUCGUGUAGAUGCAACCCGCGCCGCCGACGACACGUUUAGUGGCCGCGUGCUCGGUCCAUUGCAGGAUGGCAUGGUCGUGGGUAGCGAGUGGUUGGGGCCGCUGAUCCGGCAAACGGCCCUCAAUGCCGUGCACGUCCACCGCCUCCACUUGCGCUACAAGCACUCGCUGGGGCUGUCGUCCCAAUCCCCGAUUCGGCCACAAGAGAAGCGCACCAAGCUCAUCGCGGCCAUCGCCAAGCAGUACAUGGACCCGAUGCUUCCUGGAGACUUUUACAGUGCGCUGUUCGUGCCAGAUAAAGGAGCUGUGCAUGAGGACUAACUAAACGGAUAAUAAUGUGGUUCAUGGCACUGUUC